AUGGACGCCUUUUCCGACUCUGGUGAACUAUAUACCAUUAGGUAUCAAUUUUACACCAACCAAUACCACAAAGUUAAAUCUUAUUCGCUUGAGGAAUUUUCCGAAGAGAAUCAAUUAAAGGUAUUGGAAUUUCAGAUUAGAUCAACAGUAGCUUUGGACCAAGAUGCGUCGCAAUUGAUAGAACAAGGUAAAACUAGGUUUCCUGAUAAUGAAGGGUUUUUCCAAUUGCUACAAGCAUGGAACGAUUUGCAUGAUUUUGGAACUGACGAUUCAACUUAUUUUGAGGAUUUAAAACAAGCUAAAUUUGAAUUGCAAGCUAUAUUGACAUCACUUUACUUGGUCAAAUUUGCCAAAGAUAUUGAUCAAAGUAUCAAGUUUCUUACUGAUUACAUUGACAAGUUGAACAAUUUGCAAAAAUACAACGAAAUUGAAGUGUUUUUAACCUUGAUUCAGUUGUACUUUAUCAAAGGUAACUUUAAACAAGCUACUGCUAUUUUUAAAGUAUUGAAUCUGUUUCCUGAUUUCUCUCGUGACAAUAUCAUCUAUCAAAUCAUCGAGAGCUGGUACAUUAGUAUUCAAAAUGGAACCGAUAACGUCAAUAAUAGUUAUUCACUUUACGAUGAAGUUUUAAGUAAUAGUUAUAGUGAUGAAGACGUCAAGGGUAAAGUCCACAAUUUGACAGUGUUAUUGGUAUUGACUUUACAGUUGAAACAUUACCCUGAAGCACAAGAAAUUUUGGAUCAAAUAUCAACAUUGACUAACGAAAAGAGUGCUGAUUUGAUUGCUAAUCAAAUUACAUUGGAUAGAUUGGUUAAUUACGGACAAGGAACCAAUGAGUUGUUGGUAGAGUUGAAGAGAGUGAAUGCCGAGCAUGAGUUAAUCAAGGACGAAGAGUCAAAGAAUGAAGUAUUUGAUGCCAUUGUUGCAAAGUACCAAACUGUAUAG